UACCGAACGAUGAGUGCACAAGAUGGGUUCACGAGAGUAUACACGUCACGUGUUUAUUUCCAGACUCAAGACCUUUUCAAUCCUCCAGGUAUUUAAAAUGUUAAGUACGUAAAAUCAGCCAUAUGGGAAAGUAAUCCCUCUCUGCAUGGAAGGGGGAAACCCGGUUAAUGUGUUACUCCUGCCGUGCUUUGGCCUCGAUUUGGUAUGAUGUCACGUUGACAUAAACAUGUUAAAAAUACCUUCAAUUAGCAGUUACAUGAAUCUACAGUGGUAACAGGAAUCAAGAUAUGUGUUUUAAAACGAUGGAUAUAUUCCCCAUAGUGAUGAAAAUGGUAUCUACUGUGAAUAUAUUUUAAAACUGAAUUAAAGUAGUUGUGGUGUGUAGAAUAGAAAAGUAGAGGUCUGUAAUGCGAGACGUAUCAGUGGUUGAACCUCAGCAAGUAGCGAGGGAUGUUACAGCAGUGAGGAAAAUGAAAGUUAUAUUUCGUACACUUGUGUACAUUAAAUGAAUGGACAAUAAACGGGAAAGUAGGUAAAUGGAUCCCAAGUUCCUAAUUGCCAUUUGUGGAGUUCUACAACUGGUUUUAUUAGCAGAUGGUGGAUGGCGUCGUAUUGUUGUAGAAGAAAACAUGGAGUUCUUAGAAUUCUGCAGCAUACCACGUGGCGAGAAGUCAAUACAUUGGUAUAUGACAAUCAAAGACAAAACGGCCAAUGUUGUAACUUGUACAAAGCAACCACUGAGGGCGACCGUGUGUAAGCAAGUGACGCCUAUCGCUUAUAUAGACAUUGAGUAUGGAAGUGUCCAGAAUGGAACCAUUUGGACAACAUUUCUGAGAGUGCUCCGCAUGCCCAGAGAACUGACUCAAGUGAAGUGUGUCUCUACAUUCGGGGCAAGUUUAGGGAACACCUAUGAUAUUAAUGUUGUAGGUAAUAGCUGCUUGCUACUUAUGUAA